AUGGUACUAUUCCGGACAACCCUUCCACCACUCAUUCUACUUCUCAUCGUUCUUCUUCAAGGAGCCAAUGGAACCCCGGUAAGAAACAAGAUAGUGAUUACUUUAGACAUUGCUGCGGAACCUAGGCCUUAUAUUAAGAAUCUCCCAUCCGUAGAAUUCCCCGGAGGUAUUUAUUAUACUAUGAAACGGGGUUAUAUAUCUCGCUACGUAUUUGGUGACGUGUUUGAUGGACAAGAACAAAUUGCCUCUGCGGAUCCCUCGGCAAUGAGUAGAUCUAUCCUAGUGGCAAUGAAGGAUGAUGGAUCAAGAUACAUUAGGAUCACCGACAGAUAUCGAAGGAGCCAAAAAAUUUGCUCUCGCGUUAAGGAGUUUAUGAGAUAUCCGACUGAUAUACAAUACAUAGAAAUUCAGAGGGUUCCUCUGGAAAUAGACGUAUUAGAUGUAGAGCACAAUCACAUGGUAAAUAAGGAACCGAUUAUCAACAGGGAAGCCAAUAGCAGGAGUGUAUAUAAUAUAAUGGCUCGUAUGGGCAUACCAGUGAGAGUGGAAUAUAUACCCGCCAAAUAUACCAUUCAAAAGAAUCUUCAGGAUGAAGUCGUCAUUGGGACAGUUAAAUUUGGUGAAUAUACUGUGGACAACAAGAUUGAAGGACUAGUGAAUAGGGAGGUCACCUGGGAGGGAGGAAUGGAAAAUCCAAAGAUUGUCAUCACAUCUAGAUAUAUAAAUGACACUGAAACUAGAUCUGAAUACAAGUUCUUGAGGGAAAUUGGUUUAUUUGAUAGCCUUACCAGGAGAAAAAAUUUGGCUCUUUUUCGAUAG